CACUUCUUGUCACAUGACUCCCACUGCCCCAAAUAUCGCCUGACAGUCACCUGACCGGCCUGAGGAUGAAGAUGAGGGAGAGUCUGAUCGUCCUCAGUGUCCUCCUCCCCCUCCUACUACUUACCCCCGUCCAGGGUGGGACGGCAAAGGAGGAAUGGAACUACGUGUCGGUGAGGAAAGACGCCAACAUGUUCUGGUGGCUGUACUACGCCGAUCACCCCACCAAGAACUACACCCAGGUGCCGCUCGUCUUGUGGCUGCAGGGUGGUCCUGGAGGUUCUGGUUGCGGAUUUGGUAAUUUUGCAGAAAUCGGACCCCUCGAUGUAAAUAUGAAACCUCGAAACAGCAGCUGGGCGCAGGUCGCCAGUCUGCUGUUUGUGGACAAUCCUGUGGGCACCGGGUACAGCUACACCACAGACAGCGGAGCGUUUGCCAAAGACGUGGACACCGUCUCCAGAGACAUGCUGGUCCUCCUCCGAGAGUUCUUCCACUCAAAGCCAGAUUUCCAGACGAUCCCCUUCUACAUCUUCUCGGAGUCGUACGGAGGAAAGAUGGCGGCAGCGAUUUCCCUGGCAUUACACAAGGCCGUCCUGGCGGGAGACAUCAAGUGUAAUUUCGGGGGAGUGGCUCUCGGAGACUCCUGGAUCUCCCCCAUUGACUCGGUGCUGAGCUGGGGGCCGUAUCUCUACAGUAUAUCUCUCCUGGAUGAAAACGGUCUGAAGGACGUUCAGAAGGCGGCGGACGCGGUCCAGGACGCUCUCAAUAAGGGGCAGUAUGAAGAGGCCACACAGAAGUGGUCCUGGACAGAAGAUGUCAUAGAACAGAACACGGACGGAGUGAACUUCUACAACAUUCUGACCAAAGACUCUCUGAUGUCGGGAGGUCGUGGGAAGAACACCCUGAAGUUCCAGAAUCUGGCCAUCGGAAGUCUGUACCGGCGCCAUAUCUUGCCUCUGCAGGCCGAUGACUUGUCGGAGUUGAUGAACGGACCAAUCAAAGCCAAGUUGAAGAUCAUUCCGGAUUCUGUCACAUGGGGAGGCCAGGCAGCGGACGUCUUCUCCAACAUGGCCGGGGACUUCAUGAAGUCGGUGGUGAGCGUUGUGGACGAUCUCCUCUGUGCGGGGAUAAACGUCACCGUGUACAACGGGCAGCUGGACCUCAUUGUGGACACCGUGGGUCAGGAGGGAUGGGUCAAGCAGCUGAAGUGGAAGAAGAUGGAUCAGUUCAAGAGCCUGCGCUGGAAGCCGCUGCACCUGCAGUCCAGAGAGACGGCGGCUUUCUACAAAUCCUGGGAGAACUUCGGCUUCUACUGGAUCCUAAAAGCGGGUCACAUGGUACCGUCUGACCAGCCGGAGACCUCCCUGAAAAUGCUGCGAAUGAUCACCAACCAGCAGGAGUGAUGGUGGGAGGAGCCAGUGGGAGGAGCCAGCGGGAUCCUGGCUACUUAGAACAAAUCGGCUGCACUGCCUUCAUACGGGUUCCAGAAUGCUUUGCUGUGGAUCGGCACCAAAUAAACCUGUGAUGUCCCCUCCCCCGCUACUGCACUUCUACCCCAUUUCACCCCCCGAUCCCUCCUGACCUGUGACUGCUUAUUACUCCCGAGGAGAUCGAAGAAAUCUGUACUCUGUGAUUAUUUUUAUAUUAAAUUGUUCAUUAAAAUA